UAUAAACGCUUCUUCAUGGCGGAAAAAGAGCAGAGAAAGCUGCCUCUUUCCCUGAAAGACUUUACUGAGGGAAUAGCGAGCCCGGUGUUUUAUACAGUCGUUGGUUGCUUCCUGGUGUUGCUGCACAGGCUCUCGGUGUCCCCGAUUCAGUUUGCUGCAGUGUCAGUGUUAGUUCUUUCUUUAUUCUUGCAGUGUGAACGCAGAAAGAAGAAAGAUCCAGGGAGACGACCGCUGGUAAAGUGGCGCCCUGUCUCUUCAUCUUUACACGUAUACAUAUAUGUUAUAGCAGCAGACUGUGUCUUCUACAUCCGUAAAAGAAAUCAGACAACAGGUGUGUAUAUAAUGUCAGCUGUGGCUAACACAUUUGAAAAUGUGAAAGCAGUUAUUCUAUCAGCUCAUAAAAACACAACAUCAAGGGACAAGGUCUCCUUCUACGACUCCUGGGCAGAGAACUAUGAUCAGGAUGUGGCUGUCCUGGAUUACCGUGCACCAACUCUGGCAGCAAACUGCAUCUCUUCCCAUUUCAGUGGAGAUCGUGAGGGUGCCGUCGUAUUGGAUGUGGCCUGUGGUACAGGACUGGUGGCCACACAGUUGAAGAAACUUGGAUUUGGAAAGUUUGUGGGUAUAGAUGGAAGCGAAGCUAUGUUGGAGUUGGCAAGACAGAGCGGGUUGUACCAGGACUUGAAGCAGAUCAUGCUGGGAGAGGAGCCACUGCCUAUCCAGUGGGUAGAUUCGUUUGAUGUGGUUGUGAUUGUUGGAGCACUAAGUUUUGGUCAUGUCCCUCCUGCUGUGGUCAGAGAUCUGUGCAAGACCACCAAACCAGGUGGCUACAUUUGCAUGACUACCAGAAGUAACCAGGACAAUCUGGAGUACAAAGGCUGUCUUGACUCUGAGCUCAGGCAGAUGGAGAACGAGGGGCUUUGGACUUGUCUAGAGGUCACAGAGGUGGAAAACUGGGAGAGAGCUGUGUCGGAGCACGAGGAUGGCUACAUAUCUGGCGCUGUAUAUCUCUACAAGAAACUAUAAUUAUACAUAUAUCACAAAAGUGUAUGGUGGUUUAAAAUCACACCAGCAAAGGUGCAGAAUAGACUUAUUAGAGAAGAAACAAAACCGGGAUAAAAUUUACGUAAGUUUAAAAAGGAUGGCUUGAUUUUUGCAUUUGCAGAAUUAGGUAGGCUCAAAGAUGGAAAGCUGCUUUCAAGCAAAUGAGUAUCUUGCAGCUGAGUAACAGACCUUUCCUUAUUGAAAGUAAAUGAACCAUUUUCUAAAUAAAUGGUUAUAUAACUUGUAUCUGUAA